CGCGGGGAGCGUCGCGUCACAUCGCGCAGCGUUCCGUCACGUCGCGUCAGGGGGCGCGGGGCGGGAGGUCGGGCCCGGCGGCUGCUGGCGUUGGCGGCCAUGGAGCUGGGUGCGGUGCUGGAGGCCGUGGACGGGUGUAGUGCUGCUGCUGGUGGUGUUGGUGUUGGUGUUGGUAUCGCCGCCGCCGAGGCCGCGGAGCGGGCCCUGCUGCGGUACAACGAGGAGAAUCGAGCCAUUUUCAGAUUUGAUCCAGCAGAUGAGGAUAAAAGAAAGAAACUGUGUGAGGGAAUUCUGAACAUCCUGGAAAAAGACACAAAAACCUCAUGUCAAACUGCCUGUCUGGAAGCGCUGCGGAUUCUGUCCCGGGACAAGAAGGUUCUAGUGCCUGUAACCACGAAGAGGAACAUGCAGAUCCUCAUGAGACUAGCAAAGCUGGAUACUGUGGAAGAUCCUUUGGAGAGAGUGUCUGAAUUUCCUGUUAUAGUAGAAGCUUUAAAAUGCCUCUGUAACAUAAUUUUUAAUAGUGCUGUUGCACAGAAGCUCAGUUUGGAACUGAAUCUUGCAGCCAUGCUCUGCAAUCUUCUGAAAAAAUGCAAGGACCAACAGCUGGCUGGUGACAUUAAAUGCUUUGAUUUGCGUCUUCUCUUCCUCUUGUCGCUUCUGCACACAGAUAUUCGGUCGCAGUUGCGGCAGGAACUACAAGGAGUGCAAGUUUUGACUCAGGCUUUGGAAAGUUCCCUGAAUGUAAGAUGGACAGGAGAAUAUAAAACAGUGGAAGACCGCAACAGGCCGCCUUUAUCUUUGCAAGAGACAAAUUGUGCCGUUGAGGCACUGAAGGCUCUUUUUAAUGUAACGCUUGACAGCUGGAAUGUCCACAGCAAGAACGAAUCUCAUCAAUUUCGUUACAUGGCUGCCAUCCUUCGGUACUGCUUAUUAACCACGGGCCCCACUGAAGACAAAACUGAAGAGUUGCACAGCAAUGCAAUCAACCUCUUAAGCAAUAUUCCCGUUUCUUGCUUGGAUGUCCUUAUUAGUCCAUCAUCCCAAGAGGAAACAGAUAUAAAAUACAAUGGUAUGAAUAUGGGAGCAAUCCAGAUUUUAUUGGAUUUCAUGGAGAAGAGAAUUGACAAGGGAAGCAGCUACAGAGAAGGUUUGACUCCUGUUCUCAGUUUAUUAACGGAAUGCUGCCGAACUCAUAGGAAUAUCAGGAAAUUUAUCAAAGCUCAGGUUCUGCCUCCGCUACGAGAUGUAUCGAGUCGUCCAGAAGUUGGCACAACAGUGAGAAACAAGCUUGUGCGCCUUAUGACACAUGUUGACCUUGGAGUAAAGCAAAUUGCAGCAGAAUUUCUUUUUGUUCUUUGUAAAGAGAGAGUUGACAGCUUGUUAAAAUAUACUGGCUACGGUAAUGCGGCAGGAUUGUUGGCAGCAAGAGGCCUGUUAGCAGGGGGAAGAGGAGAUCAUUGGUACUCGGAUGAUGAAGAUACAGAUACCGAAGAAUACAAAUCUGCAAAGCCCAACAUUAACCUGAUCACUGGUCACUUAGAAGAACCCAUGCCUAAUCCAAUGGAUGAAAUGACAGAAGAACAAAAAGAAUAUGAAGCUAUGAAGCUUGUCAACAUGUUUGAUAAACUUUCCAGGUUGCUGGUGCUAAGGCCUGUUCACGAGGCAACUGACACUCAAGAAGGAGAUGAGCUUAUAAAGCCAAUGGGAGUGCGGCCGGAUGGUACAAUGGCUCCUUUGGAAGAAGCAGUCAGUCAGUACCAUACCAAUAAGCAAGACAGUUCAGAUUCAGACUAAAGCAUCACCUGCUUCGCUCUCAAUUCUCUAGUCCGCAUUUUCCUUAGAGCCGCGGCAUCUUUUUAUCAGAGCGUUUUACCCUCACGUCAGCCAGCGCCACUUUAACCUUUCACUUACUGGGAUAUUUAAAUGAUGGAUCCUGUGUUGUAAUGUCUGCGUUUUUAUCAUGUCUGUUCAAAGAACGUGUGUUCGUUUGAUCUUUAUUAAUUUAAGACUAAAUGCAUUUCAAAGGGAUAGAAAAGUGAAAUCCUACAACAACAAAUAAAAAGUGAACGUUUUGAUUUUUUCCAGAAUCCUGUUUUCCAAAGUCUGUAGAUUUUCCUGUUCUUUAUACAUUUUUGUAUUGUCUUCCUGAUCUCUCUUUGCCUUUGUAUAAUUCUAAUUAAAGAAGCAAAUUUGCUUCAUGGCAUUAGGAGCAUCAGAAGGAAAAUUUAGAAGUUGAACCGACCUUGUAGCGCUGCUUUAGCUGGCAUUCAGCAGUGACUUCAGAGCUUCCCCUUUUACAUGUUGUGGGAUUUCUUACCACUACACACGUCUGUGGUUAAGCUGCUGCUUAAGAUUUUACCCAUGUGUCAGUCACUGACUGCUGCUAAAACUGCCUUUAAAUUGGGAACAAGAUGAUGUAUGUUGUCUGUCCUCCCCCCUCCACGCUAAGACCACACAAGUAUUACCACCGCACCACCCCCCAGCUCUGGUUAAAUAAAAACAUCCCUAUUCAAAACAGCAUUCAAGUAUAUACACUUAAAUGUUGCUGUGAAUAGGAGCGAAGAGAAGUGCAAGUGUGAGUGUUUUAUGCAAUUGGGGCCUAAUGGGAGCGCUUCACUUGAAGGGAAGUCAAGCUACUAACAAAGAAAUAGCUCCCUUUUUAGGGGAGGAUUAGGAAGUGUAAUUUUCAACUCUGUACUCUUCAAAGAUAAAAGAUUAAAGUUGUAAUUGUGCCGCA